UGAAGUAUAAAAGCUGCUUGCUCAACCAAGUUCAUUCACUCACAGAUUUCAGCUGGCGUGGGAACAAUUAAAAAGUGCAGCACACUGAAAAGCACUGGAAUGUACAUGACUGGAUUGCUCCUUCUUUUAUCCCUGGGUGUCCUGGCAUGUGAAGGAGCCGACCCUUGUUGCUCCCAGCCAUGCCAGAACCGUGGUGUGUGUACCGCUCUUGGUCAAGACUCUUACGAGUGUGACUGCACACGGACCGGAUAUUACGGGCAAAACUGUACAACUCCUGAAUUCCUCACAUGGCUGAAAGUGACGCUGAAACCGUCACCGAACACGGUGCACUACAUCCUCACGCAUUUCCGCGCUUUCUGGAACAUCAUCAACAACAUUCCGUUCCUGCGAGACGGUGUCAUGCGUUAUGUUUUGACGUCACGCUCCCAUUUAAUUGAAAGUCCCCCAACCUUCAACACUGACUAUGGUUACAAGAGCUGGGAAGCCUAUUCCAAUCUAUCCUACUUCACACGGACGUUGCCUCCUGUUCCCGAGGAUUGCCCAACACCUAUGGGAGUUGCAGGUAGAAAAGAGCUGCCUGAUGUGAAGACGGUGGUGGAGAAGUUCCUGGUCAGGAAGAAGUUCAUCCCUGACCCACAGCGCACCAAUCUCAUGUUCGCCUUCUUUGCUCAGCACUUCACACACCAGUUCUUCAAAACUGACAUGAAGCGAGGCCCGGCCUUCACUAUGGCCAAGAACCAUGGGGUUGAUCUGAACCACAUUUACGGCGAGGACCUCGAACGUCAGCAUAAGCUCCGACUAUUUAAGGACGGCAAGCUAAAAUAUAAGGUUCUGGAUGGCGAGGUUUAUCCUCCGCUAGUCAGUGAAGUUCAGGUGGAUAUGCACUAUCCAGCUCAUGUGCCUGAGCCUCAACGCUUCGCUGUAGGCCACGAAGCUUUCGGUCUGGUCCCAGGCCUCAUGAUGUACGCUACUAUCUGGCUUCGGGAACACAACCGUGUGUGUGACGUUCUUAAGCAGGUGCACCCAGAUUGGGACGACGAGAGGCUCUUUCAGACCACAAGACUCAUCUUGAUUGGUGAAACCAUCAAGAUUGUCAUUGAGGAAUACGUGCAGCACCUGAGCGCCUACCACUUUAAGCUUAAAUUUGAUCCAGAGCUCCUGUUUAACCAUCGUUUCCAGUACCAGAACCGGAUCUCGUCCGAGUUUAACACCCUUUACCACUGGCACCCGCUCAUGCCCGAUGACUUCCAUAUCCAAGAUCAAGUCUACAGCUACAAGCAGUUCCUCUUCAACACCUCGAUCAUGACGGAGCACGGCAUAAGCAACCUGGCCGAUUCGUUCUCCAAGCAGAUCGCAGGCAGGUUUGCCGGUGGUCACAACGUCCCGCCUGCACUGACGAUGGUGUCGACGAAAUCGAUCGAGAACAGCAGACGGAUGCGCUACCAGUCUUUCAAUGCUUACAGGAAACGCUUCAACAUGAAGCCGUACGCGUCGUUCGAAGAGAUGACAGGUGAUAAGGAGAUGGCAGCGGAGCUGGAGGAACUGUACGGAGAUGUUGAUGCUAUGGAGCUGUACACCGGUCUUCUCGUUGAAAAGCCACGGCCCAACGCCAUCUUUGGAGAGACCAUGGUGGAGAUGGGUGCUCCUUACUCACUGAAAGGCCUCAUGGGAAACCCCAUCUGCUCGCCUGAGUACUGGAAGCCCAGCACGUUUGGCGGCGAAGUCGGCUUUGACAUCAUCAACACGGCCUCGCUGCAGAAACUGGUAUGCAAUAACGUCAACGGGCCUUGUCCUGUCGUGUCUUUUCACGUGCCCGACGUAAAGGACACGGCGCUGACGACAAUCAACGCCAGCACGGCACACUCGGGCACGAACGACGUCAACCCGACAAUUCUACUCAAAGAGCGGACCGCCGAGCUCUGAAAAACCUCGACUGUGAUCGAUUCUUCACAGGAAUCAGUCGAAAAAAUGGAACUCUUAUAGCCUUUAUUUAUUUAUUUAUUUAUGUAUUGUAUAUUUAUUUUAUUUAUUUCAUUUUAAUAGGAUCUAUUUUAUUGUAUAAAGAUUUGUAAAAUCUACACACAGGAUAUUUCUGUUGCAGAAUCAGAAGCGUGCUUUAUUCAGCUGUAGUGUAGUGUAUAUAGAAGGAUUUUGACUUGAGCUCUCGUUGUGCUUUUAGGCGAUAAAAUAAAAUACGAACGACGUUCUUAUCUUAUCUUAUCUUACACCGGUGAUAUUAAUGCAUACUUGCUAUGUACAGAAAUGGAUGCUAAAUACAACUGUUUGACUGUAAGUAAAAAGAAGAAUAUUGCCAAGAAUAUUGGAGAGAGGGAGAAAGAACAAACCCUAUGCUAAAGGAAAAACGUGUCCAGGCUCAUCUGAAAAUCUGUUCUGAUAUCUGGGGAUUUUCAUGCACAAUGAUUCGAGUUUCCCAAAAGCACAUUGCACCGCAAAGAUCAAUCCCAUUCGAUCUGAUGCGAUUCGAUUUGGAUAGCGAACG